UGUCUCUGUGUCUCUUGUCCUUCACUGUGACUGUCAGUCCUCUGAUUGGCUCCAUGAGUCACAUGUUUAUGAAGACAGAUAUCAGCUUUGUGAGAAAUAAAGAGGUGUUCACUCAGGAACUAUACAACAGCAGUGAGACGUGUGCAUAUGUGUGUGUGUGCAUACGUGUGUGUGCAGAGUGUGUGCGGUGUUUUGCACGCUUCGACCAGGUCCUGGGUCAGUGUGAUGAAGAGCUUGGUGAGGUGGAUGAAGAGGACUGCUGUCAGAACCCUCACUACGGUUACCAGGCAACAGACGGAGUGUGUCAUUCCUGUGGGUCAUCCACAGUGUGGUCUCCCUGGUCGCCAUGGUCACAGUGUAAUGUCCUGUGUGGAGAAGGAGUAACGCAGAGGAGCAGGACACAUGAACACGGAGUCUCAGAAUGUGAGAAUCCUCGAGAAAAACUGGAGAUAAAACCCUGUAAUGGGACCUGCUGUGGGAAGAAGGGGUGGGGCUUGUGGCUCACCUGGUCUGCCUGCUCGGUCACCUGUGGAGGAGGCGGAGUCAGGAGGAGAGAGAGAGUCUGCUCCAGUCCUCCUGAGUGUCGCUCAGUCUGCAGCGGUGCUUCAGAGGAGACAGACAGGUGUCCAACAGACACCACCUGUCCAGUUCAUGGUGGUUGGUCCGGUUGGUCCGGUUGGUCUCAGUGUUCAGGUUCGUGUAUCAAUGACCAGGGCCGUGAUGUCAUCGUCCCCUCCAGAGUGCAACAUCGUUCUUGCUCUAGCCCCGCCCCUUCCAGUGACACGGUUCCCCCUGGCAACAGUUGCCCGGGGGACGAGUUCAAGGACCAGGACUGCAGCGAGCUCCCCAACUGUCCAGUGGACGGCAGCUGGGGGGCGUGGUCUGCACCCAGGCCGUGCUCCGUCUCCUGUGGGGAGGGGCUUCAGCUGUCAAUGAGGAUGUGUGAUGGCCCCGCCCCUAAAUAUGGAGGCCGAGUCUGUGACGGGCCGAGCACUAAGAGCAGCGUGUGUCAUACAGUCUGUCCAGUCGUCGGGUUCUGGUCCGGCUGGUCCAGUUGGGGUGAGUGUUCCUCGUCCUGUAUCCCAGAAGGCCGAGCUCCCACCAGGAUUCGCCGGCGCUCGUGUUCUAACCCGGCCCCUUCAACCAACCCGCCAGGCAGAGGUUGCCAUGGCGACGUCAGUGAAACAGAAAACUGCAACCAGCUGCCUCACUGCCAAGUGGACGGAGGUUGGGGGUCUUGGUCUCCCUUCUCUUCCUGUUCUGUUACCUGUGGGGUGGGACGUUUGGAGUCACUUAGGAGAUGUGAUAGCCCCGCCCCCAAAUAUGGCGGCCAGCCAUGUCCUGGAGAGGGACGUCGAACCAGCAUCUGUCAGACCAUGUCCCACUGUCCAGUGGACGGCAUGUGGUCAGAGUGGUCGCCAUGGGGACAAUGUAAAUACCCGCUCAGUAAGACGGACAUCCGCUGUCAACAGAUCGGAGGCAGUCAGACGGAGCGUGAGUGUCUCCAUCGGGCUCACAACGGGUCCUUCUGCAGCGGAGACACUCUGACAGGGAGACAGGUCUGCUAUGAUGUCAGCAGGUGUUACGGUGGGUGACACACACACACACAC